AUGGAUUCUAAACUUAUUAUGUAAUAAUUCAAAAUAACCCAAGAAUUCAAUAAGUUUUAAAUAGCAAUAAUAAUUCUCUCUCAAAGUUUUACACCAGAAACAGCACAUAUAUUGUUUAGAUAGCAGUCAGAGAGACCGAAUUUAUUGUAAAGAUAGCGGAAUCAAAAAGAAUGUGAUGCAAAAGAUUUGUACACAUUAAUUGUCAAUAACAAUAUGAUUAAAGAGAUUAGGAUUAUUAAUGUUUUUAAGGAGGAAGAUCGAGAAUCAAUUUUCAAAAAUCAUAUUGUGAAUUAUGUAAUCCAAAUAAGAACAGAUUAUAUCGAUUAUACAAUUCCAAAAAGAUAUUCUGAGUUUGAGAGAUUAUACGAUUCAUUACCAAUUUCUUAGAAAAUCAUGCCCAAAUUUCCUUAAAAGAAAGUUAUUUAAACAAAUUCUAGAAAAACAAUUGCAAAAAGAUAAGAAAUGCUUGAAAAAUUUUUAUAAUAUUUGUUACAUCAUUUAGACCAUUCAUUAUAUUUGUUUUUGGACUUUAUAAAAAUUAAAGAGUAAUUCCAGAAAGGGGGUUUUGAUUAAAAUGUGAAAAUGCAUCAAUUUAGUAAAGAUGAAAAUGCCUUGUGUGAUCUCUUGGAAACAAGUCCAAAAAAAAUAUAACCAAAUAACUAGGCAGAAUAAAUGAUAUUACAUUUUUUAUGGAAAUUAAAUGAAACAGUUAAUGAAAGAGGCAAAAUAUUUUAGAAGAUGGAGAAGCAUUUUUUUGGUAAAAUUCAGUAGAUCUCUCCUCUGCUUUUGAAAGUAUUAUUAAUUGGUGAUGAUGAAAGGGAGCUUCAAGGAAUCAUGCAAAUGCUCUCAAUUUAAACUAAUGAUGUUCAAAGUCACAUCAGUUGCAUUAAUGGAUUCUAGUUCUUUAGGAAAAUUUUGGAAUAUGAUUAUAAUCCAAAUGCUGAAUAGGCAAUUAAAUUAUUUAGUGAAAUCAGUAUUAAGUAAUUCAGAACGAUGACGAUAUAAUCUCAUAUUUGUGGAUAGCAGAAGUUAUGCAAAUAGGAUUCAUUAAUGAUUCUACAUAAAUACAUUCAGUAGAAUCAAUUGAAAAAUCAAAUGAUUAACUAUUUAUUAGUUGAUGAUGAGGCUAUUCGAGAAUAUGAUUCCUAUGUUUAGAAACAGGUGAAUAAGAUGAAUGAUGAGGUUAAAUAAAUAAGGGAUAGCAAUGAAAACCUGUAAGAGUUAUUGCCCACUAAAUCUAAUUCAAUCGAACAUGCUAUUCUAGAAUAGGAACCUACGCUUGAAUAAUUAGUUGAAAUAAGUCAGAUGAACCUAAAUUGGAAAUAUGUUCAAGAAUGUGGAAGACACACUAUGUAUCAUCUUUAAGGAUAAUUUAUCAAGACAGUUCAUCCAAUUGAAUGUCCAAUUGAAAAGGCCAUACAAAUAUUCACUGAUCUUAAACAAUAAUGGUUCCAUGGAAUGCUAUAGAAAGAUGUUUUGGAGAAGGUUGAUGAUUAUAGAAGUGUGAUCGUAGAAUACUACAUUUGGGAAGACAAGUCGACCUUUAAGAAAAUGGCUUUCAUUAGUGAUUAAGAGAUUCUUAAAAUUAACGAUUCCACUUAUCAAAUCACAAUUGUACCAAAUAAUAAGCAAUUGCCUAUCCAUUACAAAUUGAAAUGUGAUCAAAAAGGUCAAAAAAUGAGUCUUAUUCUGAUUAAAUCAAUACAAUCUAAUCAUACUGAAGUUGUGAUUUAUCAGAAUAUAAUGGAUCUCACUUUCAGAAAUGCUUUGGCACCAGUUAUAUUGAAAGAGAUUCCUUGGUUCAAUGAUGCCAUAUCUAAACUAAAAGCCUUGCUAUGA